UCUCGAAACCUUACCGAACUACCAAAACCACCUGGUCUGACCGGGUCUGACCCAUAGACUGUAUGGUCUGACCUGACCCCUGAGAGGUGCUGGACUCUGUUGUGUUAGAGUGAGUCCUCACAGAUUCAGGCCUAAAGCGAACAGGACUUUGACCCGACACCCCAGAGACUCAGAGUCCUCAUAUUUAAGAGGACUCUGUGUCUCUGUAUAUAAACAUGUAGGAGAUGUGAUCCAGGACUUACUGUGAGGAGGGAGCAGGACUGGGACCGUCCACAAAGUCUUUAAAACCGCAGACCAGGACGGAGAGUCCGAGAGGAUCCGGCUCUCAGACAGACAGGUGGAGCAGAACGCGAGACCGGAGGCAGCAGGCGGCUUCUGAUUGGUCGAGGACUUAAUUGAUGGCGCCAGACUAGUCCAGUGAAGUCGGGUCUUAAUUCCCCUCAGUAGGAACAUAACAGACUGAACCCCUGACCCCAACAGGACCUGGAUCAGGACCGCUCUCUGUCGGCACAUACGGGGAAACGACCCGUCUCACCGUCUCCCCUUUAAUCUGAGUCCUGGAGAGGGACCUCCUUUAGGACUGUGUUCGCUGCAGUACCGGACUAAAGGAAAAUGCAGAACCGAAACUCAGACCGGAUCAUCCCCGAGGUCCGGUAUCACCCGAGCAUCCAGAUGCCCGGAAACACAGGACAAACCAAAACCAGGACCAGUCCCACCCAGAAGGCCAGACCGGCUCCUGUACGCUCCCCUCGGACCCAGACCAUUGCUAAGAGGGUCCAGGAGAACCCCAGGGUAGAUCCAGAUCCUUCUGUAGGACCACUUCCAGGCCCUCAGAGAGUUCAAAGAGCUGCAAAGAAACCAAAUCAGAAACCAGUCCAGAGAGCUGCUCCUGACCCUGGUCCCCCUCAGAGACCGGUUCAGCACUCCGAUGGAACUCCUCCCACACCGGACCAGGUCUCUCUGGAUCUGGAGGUCCGGUUGGACAGGCGUGUUAUCGAAGAGGUGGAGACUCUGACCCGAGGACAGAGGACCAACCAGGACUGGUUCGCCUGGAGGAAGAACCGGAUCACCGCCUCCGUGGCUCACCGCAUCGCUCACUGCCGCUUCGUCAACGGAAAGAGCCAAGCCCCGCCCACUUCCUACCUGGCUGCUAUCACAGGUGAGGGGCCGAGAAUCCAGACCCGGGCCAUGAGCUGGGGGGUCCAGAGGGAGGCUGAGGCGGUCCAGAGGUAUCAGGAGCUGAAGAGUGAUGAGCUGGGUCGGUCUGUCCUGGUUCAGGACUGUGGUCUGUUCAUUGACGCUCAGCGGUCCUGGUUGGCUGCGAGUCCUGACGGCAUCGUGACUGACGGGCGAACCGGCCAAUGGCUGCUCUGCCUGGAGGUGAAGUGUCCGUACAAACACAGACACCACCGCGUGGAGGACGCCUGCAGAGAAGACCCCGCCUUCUGUCUCAGGAUCCAGGACGAGGAGGGACAGCAGCCUGGAGGGUCCCCGGUCUACCACCUGAAGAGGUCUCACAGUUACUACACUCAGGUCCAGUGCCAGCUGGCUGUGACCGGUCUGCAGCGGGCCGACUUCGUCGUCUUCACCCUGAAGGAGACGGCCAUCGUCCCGGUGACCUUUGAUCCUGACCUGUGGGAGGAGACGGUGUCCGACCUGGAGCUGUUUUACAGAGAGGCCGUCCUGCCUCACCUCAGGGAGAAGACGCAGCAGAGACCGGCAGCGGCCUGGAGACCAGAGCUGUAGAGGAGACCGGUUCGAUCCCCGUCUGCAGUGACCUCUGACCUCUGCCGGUGAUGUCACCUGAGCUCUGAGUCAGAGCCGUUAACCCUUCGAUGAACUCCGGACCAGGAUCCACAGACCUGAGUCUGAGCUUCUGUUACGAACUCUAGAACCUUUGAUUGAGCAUUAUGUGAGAAUCUGUUACAUCAGCGGGUCCCAAAGACCAGACCCUGAUCUGGUCUUUGGGACCCGGUCUUUGGGACCCACUGGAGGUCAUUUUAUAAUCUCAUGUUUACACUCUCUGUCAAUAACAAAAACACAUUUCAAUAAAAUCCUGAAAAUAAAAA